AUGGGUGUCUUGAGCCAUCUUGUAGUGCAAAGGCAAACUUUAGGUCGAGAAAUUCAAAAACUGGCAAAUGAUGGCAUUAGACUGGAUGAGACCGAAGAAGGAGGUAUAGAUGUUUAUACCUUAGCGCAAUCCUCUUUAGUUGCGCAUGUUAAGGAUAAGCAAGACAAAGAUCCGUACUUAGUGAAGUUAAAAGAAGUAGUUAGAAACAAAGAAAUCACUGAUUUCACUCUAGGAAAUGAUGGAGCUUUAAAGUUGAAUGAUCGGUUAUGUAUGCCUGAUGUAGAUGGUCUUAGGAAGUCCAUAAUGGAGGAAGCUCACAGUUCGAGGUACUCUAUCCACCCAGUAAAGACGACAGAUUUCGUAGAGCAGUAUGCGCAAUUGUACAUCAAAGAAAUAGUCCAAUUGCAUGAUACUCCAGAUUCAAUCAUAUCUGACAGAGGCCCUCAGUUCACAGCGCAUUUUUGUUAUCAGGCCAGCAUUGGUAUGGCUCCUUGUGAAACAUUGUAUGGGCAGAGAUGUAGGUCACCAGUGGAUUGGUUUGAACCAGCAGAGGUACCGUUGAUUGGUCCAGAGUUUGUUUGUGAGGCCUUAGAGAAAGUUCAGCUAAUCAGAGAAAGACUAAAAGCGGCUCAGAGUCGUCAGAAAUCCUAUUCUGACAAGAGGCAUCGUGACUUAGAGUUCAUGGUUGAUAACAAGGUGUUUUUGAAUGUUUCACCAAUGAAAGGAGUUAUGAG